AUGACGGCGUCGAACGGCGCGGACGCGCUCGAGAAGCUCACGCGCAACGCCUUCGACAUCUGCCUCAUGGACGUGCAGAUGCCGACCAUGGACGGCCUCGAGUGCACGCGGCGGCUCCGGGCCUGGGAGGCCGGCAAAGCGACCAGUCUCGUCGUCGGCCUCUCCGCGAACGCGGAGCCCCAGGACCGCUUCGCCGCCGAGGAGGCGGGCAUGGACGACUUCCUCGGCAAGCCCAUCCGCCUCGUGACGUUGGAAGAGCUGCUCCUGCGCCACCUCGACCCCGCGCCGCGCGACGAGGACGACGCGGACUCGCCCGGGCGCAAGCGGCCGCGCCUCGCGGACGACGCGCUCAAGCCGUCGCUGCCGGAGGCGUAA